AUGAGUAAUACUUCAUUUGAUGAUUUACUUGAAUCAAGUAUUAGUGAAGAAAAUCAAUCUUAAUCAUCCGAGUAUAAAGUUGAAUUGAAAAAAUAAAGAGGAAAUUAUGGUGCCAACGCUGAGGCUAAACGUUACCAUAAAAUUCCUUUAAAAACGUAAAUUUUGUUAUUUUAAAUGGUGUUUAUAAAUGGAAGACGUAUAAAGCAAGUACAAGAAUAAUUAAUAUAUUUAGGUUGCCAAAUCUUUGAAUAUGAAUUACUCAAGUGCAAAGUCAUUAAUUCAUUAUUAUAAAAAUAAUAAAAGACCAAUCCCAGCUGCAAUUUCAAGUAUUCUAAACUAAAACAAGAUUUGUAAGAUCAAAAAAACAAAAAAUGGGAAUGAUAAUAUGUUUGUAGCUGUUCAAAUCUAAAAGAAGACUAUUAACAAAUACAAUUUUUAUUAAUUACUAAAAAUAUAACAAUCACUCCAGAAUAACUGA